AUGACGGCCCAGUUAGAUUUUGUGGUGGUCCGGACAUUAAAACUUCUUGUGAGAGCUAUCGUUCUCCCCAUAGCAUGGUUGAUACGGGUUCUGACAAUUCCAAUCGGAUCAUGGUUUAGAGGCUUGAACAAGCGUCACAGAAUAACAGACGAUUGGUACAUUGCAACAUAUUUUCUCACCGCUGUACCACGCUACAUUUGGAGCGUAUAUCGUGGUAGAUUUCAAUUCUGGUACACAUUCGUAAACCACGUCGAAAAGAAUGGCAAUUUGCCCUGCAUUUCUUACCCAAAACCGCUCCGCGAGAAGGGUGAGUUUCAAAUGGAAUGCUACACUUACCGGGAAACAUACGAAAUCGUCCUUAGGCUCUCGCACCUUUUGUACCACAAGUAUGGCGUGAGGGAAAAUCAUACGGUGGCCAUGGAUUACGCUAAUAAGCCUAUGUUCAUCUUCAUGUGGUUCGCACUGUGGAAUAUCGGUGCAGUUCCAUCGUUUUUGAACUACAACUCUAUGGGUGCCCCUCUGGUGCACUCCAUCAAGAUAGCAGAUGUAAGAGUAGUUUUUGUUGACUUGCAAGUUGCGCAUGCCAUCAAAGAAACUGAGAGUGCCAUCAGAAGCGAAUUGCCACAGGUGGAACUGCACUUCCUCUCAGAUGAGGAGGUUUACACUACUAUCAUGGAUAAAAACUCUCCUCAAUUUCUGCAAGCAAAAGAGAAGCGGUCUCCACCUUUUGGUACCGACUUCCAGCCGGCGUGUUUGAUCUACACUUCUGGUACAACAGGACUGCCCAAGUCUGCCAUCAUGUCGUGGAGAAAAGCCGUCAUUGGUUGUUCCUUGUUCGGUUACAUCAUGAGAAUCAAGAGAGAUUCCAUCGUAUUCACAGCUAUGCCCCUGUAUCAUUCCACUGCAGCGCUUUUGGGUGUCUGUGCUGUUUUCUCGCAAGGUGGAUGUGUCGCGGUUUCAAACAAGUUUUCAGCGAGCUCUUUCUGGAAGCAAGCAUACCUGACCAAGUCUACCCAUAUCCAAUAUGUUGGUGAGAUUUGUCGCUACUUGUUACACACCCCGGCCUCAGAGUAUGAAUCUAAACAUUGUGUCAAAGUUGCGUAUGGCAAUGGUCUGAGAGCAGAUAUCUGGCAAGAGUUCAGGAAUAGAUUUGGUAUUGAAGUCAUUGGAGAGUUCUACGCCUCUACAGAAGCACCCUUCGCUACCACCACAUUCCAGAAAGGAGAUUUUGGCGUUGGUGCGUGCAGAAGUUACGGAACCAUCAUUAGCAAGAUUCUUUCGAUCCAGCAAACCAUAGUUCGAGUGGAUCCUGAAGAUGAAAGCACGGUUUACAGAAACCAUAAGGGUCUUUGUACAGUGGCACCAGUAGGUGAACCUGGUGAGAUGUUGAUGAAAAUAUUUAUGCCAAAGAAGCCAGAAGCUACUUUCCAAGGCUAUCUUGGAAAUGAAAAGGCCACUAAAUCGAAGGUGCUACGCAACGUCUUUAAGAAAGGUGAUGCUUGGUAUCGCUCCGGUGAUCUUCUGAGAUCUGAUGAAAACGGGCUGUGGUAUUUUGUUGAUAGAAUGGGCGAUACUUUCAGAUGGAAAUCAGAAAAUGUAUCUGCCACGGAAGUUGAGGAUCAGAUUAUGGCUUUUGCUAACCUAAAAGUCGCUGCUGUCGUGGUGGUUGGUGUCAAGGUACCUGACCAUGAAGGAAGAGCUGGAUUUGCAGUUCUGCAACUAGCGCCCCAGGCCCGAAGCCUACGUGGUGACAUCAAGUUCUUGAACGAAAUGCUAUCAAAUCUAAAGAAAAGCCUUCCCAAGUAUGCGCUACCCGUUUUCGUCAAGUUUGUUGACGAGAUCGAGCAUACCGAUAAUCAUAAGAUCAAGAAGAAAAGUUACAAAAACCAAGUUCUGCCUCAUGGUGCUGGCGGCGAUGAGAUUUUGUAUUGGCUCAGCAAUUCAAAUGAGUACAAACCUCUCACGAACGCCGACUGGAUCGACAUCAACUCGGGUGCCGUCAAGCUAUGA